AUGGCAGGUUGUCGCUGGCGUCGAGUUUGCAUCUGCUUGGGGAGCUUGUGCAUCAGCUUGGUCCUGUUGUUCAUCUACAUUGCUUUCACGGUGUGUUCAAACAUCAAUAGUACAGGCAUAAAAGGUACACAAGGUACUCAAAAAAGUAUUCACUUUGUGGCCUCUGGAAGUUAUAAAACGACAAAUUAUGCCUCUCUGCCGACAACUUUCUGGAAGGAAAAUGAAGAAGCUUUUUGGAACCAACUCCAGUUGAAGCUGGACCGCCAUUUUAACCCCAUCUUGGAUGCCCAAAAUGCCCGGCAGGUCAUUCAUGAAAAGGAUUUUUAUGAUUCCAUUCUGACACGUAGCUUUUUGGAGGUUACAGCCUCGGAUUCAAUGAAGAGAAAAUUUGAGCAGCUACCGGAGCAAAUGCAAGACUUUGUAAGCCACAUGAAACAGCGGGACUACCCCAUCAUCCUCCAGCCUCCUAGUGGAACCUGUGGAGCAGGAGAACCCGAUGAGAAAAUGGCACCGCUGGUUCUCCUCGCUAUUAAGUCAAGCGAAAAGAACUUUGAGAACCGUCAGGCUAUCCGACAGACCUGGGGUAAAGCGGGCUGGGUGGCCACUCACAGGAGGAACAGCACUGAAAAACGCGAAGUUGGAGGUUACAUCCGCCGGGUAUUCCUGAUCGGCAAAGACAAAAAAAUGAAAAGGUCAAACGACGAAAAGCUAUCCAUGCUGUCGAUGGAACGUGGAAUAUACCACGAUAUUCUACAGUGGGACUUCAACGACACGUUUUUCAACCUGACCCUGAAGGAUGUUCUCUUCUGGAAGUGGUUUUCAAACUACUGCAGCAACACUCGCUUUGUCUUCAAGGGUGACGACGACAUUUUUGUCAACAUACCAAACAUGAUUACAUACCUCCAGGACCAGCUGCUGGUGCAACACUCAGAACGCAACAUGAAUGACUUCAUGGUCGGCGACGUUAUCAAUGCUGCGUUUCCCAACAGACUUGAUGAGUCGAAGUACUUUGUGCCAGAGACCUUCUUCACAGGACUCUAUCCCGCCUAUGCAGGAGGUGGAGGUGUGGUGUACUCAGGCCAUCUUGCCAAACGUCUCAAUCAGAUUUCCUCAAGUCUCCACCUCUUCCCUAUCGAUGAUGUUUUUGUUGGGAUGUGCAUGGCUCGGCUAAACGCAAACCCUAUUCACCAUCCGGGCUUCCUCACGUUUGACUUCCCCGACAAGGAGGAGCAAGAACCUUGCGCAUACCAUACCAUCUUUUUGGUCCAUAAACGAAGCCCAAAGCAAAUAAUUGAACUCUCGGCCAAUGUGACAAAGACACUGAAACAGUGUUGGAAUGAGCCACUAAGGAGCUCUGACAAGAAAAAAAAAGGAAAAAGAAAAAAGUUUUGA